AUGGCAAUUAGCUCACAAGAGCAAGAGACAAAAAAAGUUAAAGUAACUGUAGAUAAAAAUGUAGUAAGUACAUCUUUUGAAAAAUGGGCAAAACCAGGCCAUUUUUCACGAGUACUUGCAAAAGGUCCUAAAACAACAACAUGGAUCUGGAAUUUACAUGCAGAUGCUCACGACUUUGACAGUCAUACAAGUUCAUUAGAAGAAGUUUCAAGAAAAAUUUUUAGCGCACAUUUCGGCCAGCUAGCUAUUAUAUUUUUAUGGCUUAGUGGUAUGUAUUUUCAUGGUGCUCGUUUUUCUAACUAUGUUUCAUGGUUAAGUAAUCCAACUAUAAUUAAACCUAGUGCGCAAAUUGUAUGGCCCAUAGUAGGACAAGAAAUUCUAAAUGGCGACGUUGGAGGAGGUUUCCAAGGUGUUCAAAUCACAUCUGGUUUUUUUCAGCUAUGGAGAGCUUCCGGUAUUACUACAGAAGUUGAACUAUAUGCUACAGCAAUAGGCGGCUUAUUUAUGUCAGCAUUAAUGGUUUUUGCUGGUUGGUUCCAUUAUCAUAAAGCAGCACCUAAACUCGAAUGGUUUCAAAAUGUUGAAUCAAUGAUGAAUCACCACUUAGCUGGCCUCCUAGGACUAGGAUGUUUAAGCUGGGCUGGUCAUCAAAUUCAUAUUGCUUUACCUAUUAAUAAAUUACUAGAUGCAGGUAUUGCUCCUCAAGAGCUACCUUUACCUCAUGAGUUUUUAGUCAAUAGAGAAUUAAUGUCACAAUUAUAUCCUAGUUUUAAUAAAGGAAUUAUACCGUUCUUUACUUUAAACUGGAAUGAAUAUUCUGAUUUUUUAACUUUCAAAGGUGGUCUGAAUCCAGUAACAGGUGGUUUAUGGUUAAGUGAUAUAGCUCAUCACCAUUUAGCACUAGCUGUACUAUUUUUAGUAGCUGGUCAUAUGUACCGUACUAAUUGGGGUAUUGGACAUAGCAUGAAAGAAAUAUUAGAAGCACAUAAAGGUCCAUUUACUGGUGAAGGACAUAAAGGUUUAUACGAGAUUUUAACAACUUCUUGGCAUGCUCAAUUAGCUAUAAACUUAGCAAUGAUGGGAUCAUUAAGUAUUAUUGUAGCUCACCAUAUGUAUGCGAUGCCUCCAUAUCCCUAUAUUGCAACAGAUUAUCCAACACAAUUAUCUUUAUUUACUCACCAUAUGUGGAUAGGUGGUUUUUGUAUUGUUGGUGCUGGUGCACAUGCAUCGAUAUUUAUGGUUAGAGACUAUAAUCCUGCACAAAACUAUAAUAAUGUUCUUGAUAGGAUAAUAAGACAUAGAGACGCUAUAAUAUCUCAUCUGAAUUGGGUAUGUAUAUUUUUAGGUUUCCAUUCAUUUGGACUAUAUGUACACAAUGAUACAAUGAGAGCAUUAGGAAGAUCACAAGACAUGUUUUCCGACACAGCUAUUCAAUUACAACCAAUAUUUGCUCAAUGGGUUCAAAAUAUACAUACACUUGCACCCAGUAAUACUAGCCCAAACUCAUUAGCUACUGCUAGCUAUGCAUUUGGUGGAGAAGUUAUAACAAUUGGUAAUAAGAUAGCAAUGAUGCCUAUUUCAUUAGGUACAGCUGAUUUUAUGGUUCAUCAUAUACAUGCAUUUACAAUACAUGUUACUGUUUUAAUACUAGUAAAAGGGUUCUUGUUUUCAAGAAAUUCAAGAUUAAUUCCUGAUAAAUCAAAUCUAGGUUUUCGUUUUCCUUGUGAUGGUCCUGGUCGUGGCGGCACAUGCCAAGUCUCUGGAUGGGAUCAUGUAUUUCUUGGACUAUUCUGGAUGUAUAAUUCAUUAUCAAUUGCUAUAUUUCAUUUUAGCUGGAAAAUGCAGUCUGAUGUAUGGGGUAGUGUAACAACAUCAGGUAAAGUAUCACAUAUAACAGGAGGAAAUUUUGCACAAAGUGCUAUUACCAUUAAUGGAUGGCUGAGAGAUUUUCUUUGGGCACAAGCUUCACAAGUAAUUCAAUCAUACGGAUCAGCGCUAUCUGCAUAUGGCUUAAUAUUCUUAGGAGCACAUUUCAUAUGGGCAUUUAGCUUAAUGUUUUUAUUUAGUGGUCGUGGUUAUUGGCAAGAACUUAUAGAAUCAAUUGUAUGGGCACAUAAUAAAGUAAAAGUAGCUCCAUCUAUUCAACCAAGAGCUUUAAGCAUUACACAAGGUCGAGCUGUUGGUGUAGCACAUUACUUAUUAGGUGGAAUAGGUACAACAUGGGCUUUUUUCUUAGCAAGAAUAAUAUCAGUAGGAUAA